AUGGCGCAGCCUUCUAAGAAGGUGCAAAAAAGGAAAAUUGGCAAAAGAGGCAAUCUGGAUGCCUUUAUUACAAAGCCUCCCCCAGAAAAGCCUAUUCCUUCUGUUUGCGCGGAGCCAUCAUCUGUUUUUAAUGAUGAUCUCCCUUCUUCGUCACCUUGCGCAUCUAUUAAGGAGCAGCUAGAAGGUACAAAAGCUUUUGAAACGGAGGUAGAGAAGGUUGUUGAGGUGGAAAAUCCUGAAGAAGUUGAGAAACCUGUUGAGGUUGAGCUGGAAGCGGAGAAGGUUGUGGAAACGGAGGCUGCGGAUGUUGAUGUUACUCAGCCUAAGUCUCCUGAAGUUGUGACGAGUGAGCAAGAGAAAGGGAAAUCCAUUCAUGAAGACCCUAUGAUAACUAUCCCUACUUCUGCCGCUACUUCUGCGCCUGUAAACGUUGAGAGAAGCCCAGUUGGUGAUCAAGGCUUUUUUGCCCAUGAUGAAGAAGACUCUCCCAUCCGCCCAGAGGAAACUCCAGGGGAUUAUUAUUAUACAUCUUACUCAGAGAAGAAAGCUUCUGAGAUACAUGCACCGGUGUGGAAACUUAAGAAAGGCGACACUUUUUUAGACUGGCAGGUUUGCCAUGAUUGGUUGCAGGGUACCUUUCCUCCUGGUGAAGUGAAGUUUCAAGAAGAGCGUUCUCACGAUCAGUCUUAUCAUGCUUACCUUGAGGAAGCUGCUAGCUUUACUUCCACUACUCACCGUAUAGUGCGCGAGUGGCGUAGUAUGCACAAAGAAUUGACUGCUUUUGAAGCAUCCAUGAAAAAGGCUUCUAAAGAGGAGGCCCGAGUUGCCCUGCUGAGGGCUAAGUUGGAGGCUGAUCGAGCCAACUUUGAAAGUGAGCAGAAAACCGAAGAGUGGUCUGCCGCGGGAUGGAGAAGAAAAGCGGAAGCUGAAACCGCCAUACUGUUAGAAGAGCGUAAACGUUGGAGAGAAAUUUGUGAGAAGGACAAUAAUGAAAAAAUGGGUCUCCACAAUGUCAUCAACAAUCUUAAGGCAGAGAUUGAGAAGUCGAAGAAGCAGGAUGUGGAGAUUGAGAGGUUGAAGAAAGAGAAUGUAGAAGCUGAAGCGGCACGCGAUGAGGCCCGUUCUCAUCGAGAGAGGAGUGAGCAAAGAGAGGUACAAAUUUGCGCCACUCUUGCCCUUAAGAAUAAGGAGAUAGACGAACUCACCUCUUUAUUAUCUGAUCAGGAACAAAUUAAAGCGGAGCUCAAAUCUGCCAAAAAAUAUUUGCAGCUUGAGCGAGUUGAAAAAGCUGAGACCUCCCGUCGCCUGAGUGAAACCGAAGAAAAGUUAGAAAACUCUGAAACUGCUCGGGUGACGGCGGAGAGUCUGGUUGAACCGUUGAAGGAUAACAUGCUCUGGAUGAAAUGUCGUGGGAUUAUAAAUGAUGCAAAUUCUGUCCUUAACUCCAAUGAGUUGGAUCAAACUGUUGCGCAUCUGCUGGUUACUACGCGUAAUGAUGGAUACGCCCAAGGAUAG